AUGGUAAUCCUGGGCCGAGUAAUCCCUGAUGACAUGACUCGGCCAGCCAUGUCAUUCAAGAACUCCGCCAUAACUCGAGACCCGUGGAAUUCCGCUCUCAGCUUUCCUGAUCCGUAUGGCGUUGGAGGGUUUGGAAGCAAAGCCUACCUACCUACGAGUGACAUCAAAAGUGUGGAUUACACAACCGCCGCUUUCUACCACACAAGCAUCGCAUCUAGGACAUCAACAAAUGGCAAGAAUUCACGGCCAGAGUCCUCAACCUCGACAUCUCCAUCUCCGAGCUACGGCAAUCACCCAUCUGCCGAGUUGAGCACCAGCGCGGUGCCGACGCGAAGCUCAUUCCUGGACUCCAACCCAAAGCUACCACUAUCAUGGGAUCCCCAGGGGGCGUACUCUCCGACUGGAUCGUUCGACGACAUCAUCGCGUCCCCAAACUUGUCCGACUACUCUCCGGGGAGCAAGAUGAAGCCAGGCGGGAAGCGAGGCACCCAGCGUCGCUCGUCGCACCGGGACGAGUUUGACGGGCCUCACCAAUUCUUGCAGCGACCACCACACCAGAUAACCGCCAUGCAGGAGAGGGAGCUCCCUCACCUCCCAACCAACCUUCAUGCCGAGGAGCAGGACAGCGUCAUGAGCCAAGUGAACGACCGCCUGUCACAGUGCGCCUUCGACUUUGUGGCCAAGUACCAGUUUCCGAUCCCCCUGACGCAAGAUAUGCGACCCGUCGAGCGGCCGCAGGACCGCGAUUGGGUGGAAUGGGUCUAUCUUCUGAAGCGCCUUGCCACCAAGCGGCGCAUUCCCGCCCGCCUGCUCUACAACGGACAGAUUAAGCAGCUUGUCACAAUUCUGGAAAACUCGCUCGAGCUGCGCCACCCAGCUAACCAUCAGAGUCGACCCCUCAAGGACGACCGCAACAUCUUGCAGCUCAUCUCGGCAGGCAUUCAGGUUGCCAAAAUCCUCAAGGAUGCCUCAGCGAUGAGCCACCUUGACCAACUAUACGUUGAAACGGAGAAGAGAGUUCAGCAGCGGAUCAGCUCAACGUUUCGGCCAUAA